AUGGCGAUUUCGAGAACAGAAGCCAAAGAUUUACCUUGUUUGUUUAACUUUCUUGCUGGGGAUUAUCCGGGAAUCGAGAAUAAAGCCAAGGGUUUGGUUAAGUAUCUUCCAAAAUUAUCACUAUUACUUGAAAAAGUUGGUGAUUCUGUUUUUUAUGUUCUAAUGAAAAAAACUAAAAAAAAAGUUUUGUUUGAUAAUGAAAUAAAUUUUCGUAAUUCUGGGAUUCAAGUAUCAUUACCCAAACAUUCUUGUGAUUUUGAAAUCCAAGUUUCGUUACCGAAUUCUGAAUAUGAAAGUCUUAUUAAAAAAAUUAAUGAAUUAGAACAGCGUGUUAAAGCCAUUGUAGAAAUUGCUAAACGAGAACGAAUUGCCUUGUAUGAUGAUGUCGUUAAAUUAAUAAAUAACU